AUGGUCCUAACCAUCUUCGAGCAGAAAUUAUGGAGCACCUCCACCACACUUGCCUUGAAGGUGCUGUUCAAGUCCGUCUUAAUGAAAGCUGGCAUUAGUCAUCAGGUUCGGAGAGAAGCAGAAAUUCAGUCACACCUAAACCACCCAAAUAUUCUUCGUAUGUACGGAUAUUUUCAUUGUGAGAAGCGCGUGUAUCUCAUACUUGAAUAUGCUCGCUAUGGUGAACUCUACAAAGUCCUAUGCUCACAGCCUAAUAAACGGUUUAAUGAACAUCAGUCUGCAAAUUACAUUGCUCAGCUCUGUAGUGCACUUAAAUACUGCCACUCAAGAAAGGUGAUUCAUAGAGAUAUAAAACCCGAAAAUAUUUUGAUUGCUGGGAAUGGUAUGCUGAAAAUUGCAGAUUUUGGGUGGUCUGUUCAUUCUCCUAAUGAAAGAAGGACAACACUCUGUGGUACUUUAGAUUAUUUGCCCCCUGAGAUGAUUGAAGGUCGUAAGUAUGAUGAAAAGGUUGACAUUUGGUCACUAGGGGUAUUGUGCUUUGAGUUCAUCUGUGGAAAGCCCUCCUUUGAAGCAACUUCAGAAGCUGAGACUUUCAGAAGAAUUUCUCGUGUUGAUAUUAGAUUUCCUAGUUUCUUCUCGGAAGAUGUUCAGGAUUUGAUACGCAAGCUACUGCGCUACAACCCCAAAGAGCGAUUGACUGUAGAUGAAAUCGUGGAGCAUUGCUGGAUCAAGAAGCAUUAUGAUCCUAAUGUGCCACCCCCAAAUCCAUGCAUCAAGUAGAUGAAAAGUGUUCUGUUGUAUUUAUGAAAAACAUUGUGAGAAUUUCUUCUCUUCAUGAUCAUUAAGGACUUAGUUGCAUAAAAACUGUAAUUUAUUUUUUUCGUCGGUGUUCAGCUGAAAAUGCUUUCAGUUUUGAACUGCAAUUCAGUACAGUAAUUUUAAGGUUAAUAUUUCAUAAAAACUGAUAAUUGCCUUAGAAUGAAAGAAUAGUAAAAAAUGUACAAGUCAAAUCUGUCUAAAUUAUGAGGAUUUUAAUAUUUAGUAAAUGUAAAUUUUAUUCUUUUUUAUGCCUUCUAACGAAAGAUGUGAAAUAAGUUAAAUGGAAUUACGUACUGUGUAGUGAAGCAGAAUUUGAUCAUCUCGACAUGUUCUUAUAUAUCAUUAGGUUAAUGAAUAUUUUUUAAAUACAUGUAUAAGUAUAAAACUGUAACCUAACAGAAAAUCUUUAUAUUGAAAGUGGCACCAAAGCUAAUGGUAAUUUAUUUUGCUGCUAUUAUCCAUUCAUGUGUGAUAUGUUUGAAAUAAUUUAGUUUUAGGCAGAUUAGGAAGGGUUUAAGAACCUUUACUCUUAGAUCUUGUAGUGGUUAAUGGUACACAAACUGAUAAAAAUUUGACAGCCCUUCUUGUGUCCUUAAUAAAACAUAAUCUAUUUCAAGUUAGUAAUGGUUUUUGCUGCUAGUAGUGUACAGGUAUUUGAUCUAGUGCAUAAAACACACAAGGGUAAAAAUCUAAAUGAGGGUAAAAAUCUAAAUGGCUGUUACCUUGUUCUCAAAAUGGUGCCGUGAAUAAGGAUGGAUAUUAAAUUAUGAAAUCUGAUUGUCCUUUUGGUUUCCUUUUGCUUGCAUUUAAAAGUUACUGUAGGGUACACUUCUCAGUAUGCUGCUGUAUAUAUACCAAUGCAUUGAA